UUACACUCAUCUCUUUAUUCUACUUAAUUAUUAUUGUAUUCCAAAUGAUGCCACUUAAGUUCAGCACACCUUCUGAGCUUUAUUGAUGCUUCGGUUCCGGUAGACUGUCUUUUUAAUGUACUUUUUAUGCAGAAAGAAGAAACAUCAACCAAGAGAAGGAUAAAAGAUAAGUUAUUGGAUUUGGGUUUUAGACUUAAUUCUUUAUCGACAAACGAAACGUAGUUAAAUUUUGACUGGGCUGGUGAAAAAUCACAAAUGUAACGGCAGCAGCGAAAAUAACCGCUCAUGCGCUCUGUUAAAGUAAAAUAAGGACAAGAAGGGGAAACCCUACCGAUAAAGUCACAGGUUCGCAGAAAUGCGCAUUUAUUGGUUAGCAAAUCCUACAAGCGGCUUGGUCGUUUUCUUUGCAUCAUUAUGAUCGAAAACAACCUCGAAGGGCAAACUCUUAGAGUGGGUAUCACUGAGUCUUCUAUGUUGACUGAUCCUUAUUAUGGAGCGACUGAUCAAACCGUAAAAGUGCUAAAAAUUAUCAACUUACUUCAGUCCCAGUUGAAUUUCACCUACCAAUUGAUCUCUUUACCUAAAGCUAGCGGGAUCGGUAUCCGCCAAGAAAAUGGAAGCUGGAGUGGUUUAAUUGGAUUACUGGAGAGAAAAGAGAUUGAUGUAAUAGCAGAACGUGUUCUAUUUUUACCUCACUUUCGAGAUGCUGUUGAUCUGUCAAUUCCACUCGGACAGGACGAAUGGGUUACACUACAAAAACAGCCAUCUCGCUUGAAUUCGCUUACCGCACUUUUAUCUCCAUUUGAAAUCGAAGUUUGGUUGUUGGUGGCUCUAUCAAUUGUUGGCAUGAUCCCAGUCAUGUUCAUCAUAUACCGACUCCAUUUAAAGUUCCAUCCUCAAGCAGCAAAUUAUUUCCGCGGAAGACUAAGCGACUUUGUUCUUUUUGUCGUGGUUUCACUGUUAAAGCAGGAUCAUAAACUUCGCAUCUCUAUUCAUUCACAGAGGGUUUUGAUGGCCACUUGGUGGAUAGUUGGUCUUCUUUUAACAACCUUCUACACGGCAAAUUUGACCGCUUCCUUGGCUCGUCCUUACCGAGAGCGAUCACUUCAACAUCCUCGAGAGCUGUCUUGGCCGGCAUACAAGGAUUCGAAAUGGCUUACUUUAAGCGAUAAGCUAAUGCCUAAGAUUUCGAGUCACAAUCAAGAAUUUAUCAAACCAAAUCACACGGGAGCGACUGAUUUCGAUCUGCUGAGUCAACAUCUAAAAACUGGUCGAGGAAAUCUAGUGAGUUCCAUUCACGCUGCGCUAAACCUGACAAAAAGAGGUUACAUUUGGUUCGGUCCAUAUGAAAUGCUUCUGGAAGUAAUGUUGGUGAAUUAUCGUCUCAACCAAGCUAAUAAUGGAACGCAUGAAUGCUCCUUCUUGAUAACUGACAAGAGACUGAGUUACUUAACUGUAGAAUACGGGCUAGCCUUUGCUAAGAACUCGUCACUCACUCCAAUUUUCAAUCAAGCAAUAAGGUUAAUUGAUCAGUCAGGAAUUCUAGAGUUUUCACGACGGGCUAGUUUUACUGGCAAAAACCCGUGUUCCAUAGGCAAUGGUUAUACGUCAAGAGCCAUGCAGCUUGGCGACUUCCUCGGACUAUUUUGUAUCACCUUAAUUGGAUUAUCUACCGCUACCGUUACCUUUAUUUGGGAGAGGAUCCCAAAGUAUUGCAAAUCGUGGCGUAAGAAGACAACGAAUACGGCUGCAGUUUCUCCCGUAUCUGCCGUCUGCAAACCAGUGGUCCCCAAUCAGAAAAUUUCGAAUGCAAAUACCUAUCAGCUGGAAUUGGAAAUCGAGAAAUUAACAGAGGAGAUUGAUCGAAUGCUUUUAACUGACAAGGAUAUUCGAGGUAUUCUGUAUGAAUUAUUUUAUACCAAAUGAUUGUUAGUACAUUGUCUCC